AUGGUGGAGGUAUUUGUUGGGAAAACUCUGCUCAACAAAGAAGGGGAUCUUAUUGAUCCAGAAGAAACUCUCAGGAAUAAAGUAGUAGGAAUAUAUUUUUCUGCCGGCUGGUGCCCGCCUUGUCGAGAUUUCACCCCUAUUCUAUGCGAUUUUUACACGGAACUUGUCGAGGAGAGCGAGCCACCUGCACAGUUCGAAAUAGUUUUCAUAUCUUCUGACAAGUCAAGUGAUGAUAUGGUGGAAUAUUAUCAUGACAUGCACGGGGACUGGCUGGCCCUGCCUUGGACGGAUCAAUACAAACAGUAAAUUCUUAGGACUUGUUCUUUCAUGUAGCCUAUUCCUAUUAGAGGUAUUGUAAAUAGCCUAGUGACACAAACAUUUCUACAUAAACAUUAUGGUUGAACUGAUCGUAUAUGCUUUCCCCAUUGUUUGUAUCCUAUCCCAUAGCACAGUAGGCUAACUGUAGGCCACAGGCUUUUUAAGAGGUUUAUGGGUCACCCUUUGAGGGAUUAGGUUUAAAAAUAGGGCAAGGUCUCUACAUGCCUGAUUAGACUAGUGAUUGGAACUCUGCAAGGCUAGCCUGCUGUAUGCUCUGACACAUUGGGACCUGUAUUUUGUGUUGUAGAACAGUGGUUCCCAACCUUUUUCGGUUACUGUACGACCAACUGAAUUUUGCUCUGCCCGGAGGAGCCCUGAAGUACCCCCUCAUGUGCAUUUUACCAGUAGGCCUAUGGUCUCAUGAUUAUUCUCAAGUACCCCCUGUGGAUAGGCCAAGUACCCCCAGGGGUUGGGAACCACUAUUGUAGAACAUGUGUUCUGAUAUUGUUAUUCUCACCCAUUUUAUUGAUAAUUGGCCUAUCAAUUAUGAGAAAUGUGUGUAGCUACCCUGCACCAUCCCUCCAAUAAUUGGUUUCUGUGAAUGUGUUAUUUUUGCCUGGUAUGAGCCAUGUAGUGAUAAAGUCCUGAUUGGGCCCUGUGCUGUUCCACUUUCCCUUCACAGUGAUCUAAAGAAGAGGUACAAUAUCACAGCAGUCCCCAAGCUGGUUAUUGUGAAGGAGAAUGGAGACGUGAUCACAGACAAAGGCAGGAAACAGAUCCGGGACCAGGGCCUGGCCUGCUUCAGGAGCUGGCUCGAGGUGGCCGAAGUCUUCCAGAACUUUAAAGCUUCCUAG